AUGAAUGGUAUUCUUGGGUCAAACUUCACGCUGUUUCCAAUACCCUUGAAAGCAGGAGAUGGUGUGACCUAUGAUGGGACUAAAUUCCUUGUCGAAGAAGAUUGUACUGGCAAAAUUUGGGAAGCCUAUAUUGCUGGGGACAGCAUUUCAUAUUCCCAUGCCAUGGGAUUGGAGACCGUGACCGUAUAG